UAUUUCCUCAAAAAUAAAUGAUUUAGAUAUUUCCAAAGUCAAAAUUAUGUCAAAUCAAGAUAUAGAUUGCAGAAAGAAUCAAGAUUUCUUGAAAAAUGAACAUUUAAACUCUUUUAAUAAUUCAAAUAUAUCUGAAAAAAAAAAUACACAAAUCGUUAAUUUAGAAGCACAUUCUGAAGAAGAUAUUGAAUAUUUAUUAGAGAAAGCUCAAGAGAAUCUUGAAAGACUUUCAAAAGAAGUACCUGUUUCUGAAAAAACAAAAGAUUUUAAAGAUAUUCGAAAUAGUAUUACUGCAUUAUCAAAUCAUCAAAAUAUUGAACCUAAAUAUAUAUCAACAGUUGGAAAUGUUAGUUCAUUAAAUUCACUGGUUUUUGAAAAAAGUUAUAAAGUGAUCUAUGAUGAUGUAAAUCAUGUAAUUGAGCAUGAGGAAUUAUUAAGUAGAAAAGAAAAACGUAAGAAACAGGAAGAAACAGCAGGAAAAGAUUGGUUUUAUAUGCCUAAACCUGAAUUGACGCAAUCUUUAAAAACACAAUUGCAAAUAUUAAAAAUAAGGAAUGUUCUAGAUCCAAAGAGACAUUAUAAAAAAGAUAAUUCUAAAAAACCUCCAAAAUACUUUCAAAUAGGAACAACAAUUGAUGAUGUUUUAAAUACACCUAUGGAGGAUUUUUCUAAGAAGAAAACUAAUUCCAUUUUGGAUGAAAUUUUAGAAGAUCAGGAUAAACGGCAAUAUUUUAAGAGGAAAUAUCAAGAAAUUCAAGAAAUUAAAACAUCAGGUAAAAAGGCUUAUUAUAAGAAACUAAAAGAAAGGAGAAAACCUUUUUUUUAAUAAAUUUAUUCAUAAUAUUUGGACAAAUAUAAACUCAAAUUUUAAAAUCACAAA